AUGGGUUGCCACGUUUCAGCUGAUAGUUCUAAUAGUUUUACGUGGGACGACUAUCUUAAGAAAACAAACGGUCGCCCGGCGAAGUUGGAGUGCUUCAAACAGUCUCUUGUUCCUCCACCAAACUAUUUCGAGGUGAAUACCAUUCUAGAAGCGGAGGAUCAACGUAGCGCAGCUCUUGUUCUCAAUCCAUAUUCAAACGACCUAAUAAAAGCACGUUAUGCUAAUAAUUCUACUAUUAGUAAUCAACAGCUGUUGGAGACCCCAUAUAGAAGGUCCAGUCUGAAUCCUCACUCCAGUGGAAGUGUCCGACGCUUCAGAGCAGCUUCAUUCAGUUUAGCUCGAGUGAUAGAAACGUGUGGUCCACGUUUGAGAAUACGUCUGGUUGGAACAGAUGAUCGUAAUGAUUAUUGGUUCUUAGUUGAUUCUGAUCAAAUCAGACCUUAUCCUUCUGGAAGUCCACUACAACCACCCUUUGGCUAUAUGCAUAAUCAUCUUGUGUGGAAUCGUACUCUUAAGAAAGCAACUGAAGGAACGCGUUUUGCAGAUCCUUCGUGGUUCAUUUCACAACCACCAGAUCCAGAGGAUAACUACUUCCAAGUGAAUGACAAGUUAGAGGCAGUAGAUCGUAGAAAUACUCAGCUGAUAUGUCCUGCAUCUGUAGGCGCAGUGAAUGGCCACCAUAUUUUGAUAAAUUUUGAUGGUUGGUCAGGAGCUUUUGACUAUUGGGCUCGUUUCGAUAGUCGUGAACUAUUUCCUGUCGGUUGGUGUAAGUCAGCCAACUACCCUCUUCAGCCACCUGGACCAAACGUUAUACGCUCUCCAAUUAUUCAUUCAACCCCUAGUUUCUUGUAUGCUCAUAAUUCUGUUUCCCAAGCUUCCAGCAUCUCACCAAAAUAUCUAUCUAAAGUACUUACUAACAGUUGCAGUCGUAUCACAAAGACAGAUAAAACGUCCUCAUGUCCUCGUAAAAAGUUGGGACUUUCAAGAAGAAUUAAAUCGCAUACAAAUUUAAUUAGGAGUAAUUUGCAUGACGAAUCAGAAAGCUCAACACCUUUCAGGAAUCCUUGUGAGCUGUCAGCAAAACAACCUCUAAGUAUAAGGAGUUCAUUUUCUCCAGUUUUAUCAAUGCCAAAUCAUAAUAGCGUUGCUUCCGACCAUAUGGACGUCAAUAAAAAUGAACGUGUUGAUUUGUUUGUGGAACCUAAUUCCCUAAAUACUUCACAAGUUGAUUCUUCCAUUCGGUCCUUGACAUCACCACCCAUUGUCCCUCCUGUCCUAGAAGAUGCAAAUGAUUCUUUAAACACGUUUUACUCUUCGUCUCCCCCUGAACAUCCUCCACGAAUCGAAGCUUCUGAAUUUGUUAGUGAUUCUGCGAACGGACGUUCACGACGUUUCAGUGGCCCUUCCGAUUGCGUUGUGCGUCUUCAAGCGAAAUCGUCACUGAUGCCAAUGUCCAACGCGUCACAUCCUUAUGAGCCAGAACUAAAAUCAUGGAAAGUAGUAACAAAAACUAAGCAAAAAAGCAAACAACACAAACUGAAGCGUCGCAGUGGAAAUUCAAAGAAAAAAUAUCCCAAAAUAAAACAGAAAUUCAAAAUAGCCAAGAAAUGGAAGGCCAUGCAUUAUUUAUUGUGGGUGCUCGCAACACAUUUAUACAAGUGGAUUGACUUCCUCUCUUUUGUUGAAUAACAUUGAAAUACCUUAUUACAUGUUCAGACUGUUUGUUCCCUUCCUAUUUGUAGACAUGUUUUCCGUGAUCUUCCUUUCUUUGUUAAGUUUUUCGUCCG